GCGACGAAUUCGUGCGUAUCGGAUAGCUUUUUCGUUGCGUUCGUCGUUAGAUUGCGCGCUUUAGAAUACGAUGCUACUUCACCCACAAAGCAAAGUAUAGUUAGCAAUCAGCACUAUGAAGAUUUAAGAUGGGAGGGUAUCUCAACAAUGCAAACGUUCAUUCAACAGUGAGGAUGUUAGAUGAAGAAGGAUGCACUAUUCAACUGAGAGACGAUCAGAAUUUUUUAAAUUCAGAUACCCGAUCGGUUACCAAGAUGCACGUUGAGUUCGACAAUCUCUCGUAUUGCGUCUACUUCAGUAAAGGAAACUCGAAAACGAUAUUAGAAAAUGUGACAGGAUGUUUUCGUUCCGAAAGGUUAACAGCGAUUGUCGGUCCUUCCGGUGCUGGUAAAACUACAUUGCUUCGCAUUAUAUGCGCCAUGAAAAUGACAAACGUCAACGGUUCGAUCACUGUUAACGGUAAAGAAUGGAAUGGUAGUGACUUUCGAAAGGAAACAUGUUUCUUACCGCAAGAGUUCGCUCUGUUGCCCCUACUUACCAUUAGAGAAACGUUAUAUAUCGCAGCACGUUUGAAAGUUCACGGCAUCCACGAAUCGCGUGCCUACUAUUUGAUUGUAACGGAAAUAGCGGAAAGUUUGAAUUUAACAAACUGUUUAGAUACUUUAGUAGAAAAUCUAAGUGGUGGAGAACGAAAAAGGUUGUCAAUUGGCAUAGAAAUAAUUACAAAACCAUCUGUUCUGCUGUUCGAUGAACCAACCAGUGGACUUGAUAGUACAUCAUCGAAUCAGGUUAUCGGGCUGCUGCAUAAGAUAGCAAAAGGAGGUUGCACAGUCGCCUGUGCGAUUCAUCAACCCAGCAGUCGUAUGAUAUCGCAGUUUGAUGAUUUAUUAGUUUUACAUAACGGGACUUCGUUCUAUUACGGACCUUGGGACGAUGUUUUUUGUACAUUUAGCGAUGCAGGCUACACGUGUCCGCAAUUUUAUAAUAUAUCUGAAUUUGUUUUGGAGGUGAUAACAGGAGAAAGAAGUGGAGAUUUAAAUAAUUUAUACAAAAUUAGUCGCGAUAAAUACUCAAAAUCAAAAAAGCAUUUACAAUAUUCUAUCAUGGGAACAGAAGAUACAGUUGCUCCGAAAUUGAAUAAUAUUACCAGCAAAUCUGGCCAGACUGUCUGGCAAGAACAGAAAAUUUUAUUCUUAAAAGCAAUAAUUUGUAUCAAACGAGACAAUACCUUGACAAAACUGAGAUUUGCAGCUCAUGUGAUAGUAGCUUUUCUGCUCGGUAUAGUAUUUUACGAUUCCGGAAAUAAUGCAAGUAGGAUUAACAGUAACAUAGCUUGUAUAUUUUUUGUUCUGCUUUUUUUAUAUUUCGCGAAUUCCAUGCCGGCUGUACAAAUGUUUCCUGUAGAAGCUGCCGUUUUUCUACGAGAAUACUUAAGUAAUUGGUAUCGUUUAAGAUCUUACUUUUCUGUAAAAGUUUUUUCUGAUCUACCAUUACAAAUCCUUGCACCCACAGUGUUCAUUACUAUCACAUAUUAUAUGACUGGUCAACCAAUGGAACAUAAUAGAUUUUUUCGAACUUGGUUAAUUUGUAUUUUAACAACGAUUCUUGGACAAUCAUCAGGAAUGCUCAUUGGUGUUGCAUUUAAUACACAUUUAGGAACUUUUUUAAUCCCUGCAAUUAAUAUGCCAAUGAUAUUAUUUGCUGGAUUUUUUCUCAAAUUUAGUGAAGUAACACCGUACCUUCAACCUUUGUGUGCUGUCAGUUUUUUUAGGUAUGCAUUUGAAGGUAUUUUGCAGGCAAUUUAUGAUGGAAAUAGAGAAAGGUUACAGUGUUAUGAAAUCUAUUGUCAUGUACGUUUGCCUAAAAAAAUCUUAGAAGGAAUGGAUAUGCCUGCAGUUUCUUUUUGUACCACUGUAAUAAGCUUAUGUAUUUGGAUACUAUGUUUACAACUUUUAACAUAUUUGAUACUUAAAUGGAAAGCACGCAAUACCAAAAGAUGAUGUACUUACAUAAAUUUUUCAUAUG